UUGACUCGAUGACCUCUCCCUAAAGAAGCUUCUGUUUGGCCAGGUCCAGUCCUCCCCUACCUCCGUCUACUUUCGUACUCUGUGACUCUGUCUCUGCCUGAGCCUGAGACCGCCCUGUUCUUUGUCCGGUCUUCGUAGUAUACAAAGGCGUCCUUCGUUGUUCUUGGUGUGUUGCGUUCAAGCUCUUUGGCUCGCGAGUUCUUCUUCCUCUGUUUUUUCUUUCUUUUUUUGCAGAGGUGAUUGAGCUUCGCGGCCAUGGCGUCUCAAGAGCAUCUGGAGAAGCUGCAAGCCCGUAAGAGUUACAGGAAUUUCUGGCACGCUGACCUCAUGCGUACCAUUCCAGUUGACACUCCCUACUGCUGCUUUGCCUUUUGGUGUGGACCAUGUGCUUCGUACUUGCUCCGGAAAAGAGCCCUUUACAAUGACAUGUCCAGAUAUGUGUGUUGCGCUGGUUACAUGCCCUGCAGUGGAAGGUGCGGAGAAAGUCGGCAUCCCGAGCUAUGCCUCGCCACUGAGGUCUGCUGCUGCUUUGGAAAUUCAGUGGCCUCGACACGCUUUCUCUUGCAAGAUGAGUUCAACAUACAGACCACUCAAUGCGACAAUUGUAUCAUCGCCACCAUGAUCGUCCUCCAACAAGUUGCCUGCGUAUUUUCAAUCAUAGCAAUGAUAUGCGGAAACAGCGAGAUUCGACAGGCUUCACAGAUACUUAGUUGUUUGGCCGACAUGGUUUACUGCACGGUUUGCGCGUGUAUGCAGACUCAACACAAGAUAGAAAUGGACAAGCGAGACGGCUUGAUCAACGAUGGACCAAUGACCAUGCCUGGAUUUCAGCAAAUGUCGCGCCUCGACCAGCGGGUGCCUCCCUCGGCCGGUUACUAGCCGCCUCAGCCUGCGUACCGACACCCCAUCCCAACUCCAGCUACUCGAGAUAAAACCUUUCUCAGCUGUCCCCUGAUGCAGAUGAUGCAAUCAAAGUUAUCUUCCUCACAAUUUCAGAUAUCAAAUUUAGCUUCGUAUUCGUGUGGGAGCCAUCGCUCUUUUUCACUUGGAUUUGUAUACGGACAUUCUUGAUUCGUGUUCUACUGUAGGGAAGAACAAUGUUAUACGGUUUGUAUUCUCUCAGGCGCGGUCCGUUUCUUUCAAAGAGAUGGCUGUAAUGGGAAUAGCUCUUGCUGUGUGUGCCAAUGAAAUACAAGUGCAUCUCUUCGUGUCUUUAACAACAAA